UGUUCUUUUUCAUGAGCUCUCCAAGAUAUAUAAUCAGUUUUAAAUCAGCAUUUCAAGUGAUCAGUCCGUAAUGAGCUCUCUCCGGCUGCUUCUGGUCCAAGGACUUCUCCUUCUAAUCCCUGCGCAGUUGGGACUGACUUUGGUGAGCGAUGAGGAAUGGGCCCAGUACAAGGCUCAAUACAACAAAAACUACAAAUUUAAGGAUAGGUACCAUCGGGGACUAUAUGACAAGAGGGUCCAAUUAGUAGCCGAUCACAACAGGCGCUAUUUGCAAGGCUUGGAAGGGUUCGAAAUGAGAUUGAACCAGUUCUCCGACAUAGAUCAGAAGGUCUAUUACAGUUAUCGAAUGCCGAUCCCACCGCCCACGGAAGAAAAGUCUAGAGCCUUCAGGAAACCAUCCAACUACAAGCAUUACGACGAAAUAACCAAAGGUAUUGACUGGCGAAAAUACGGAUACAUCUCGGCAGUUGGGAAUCAGGGCAUCGGGUGCUUUAGCUGCUGGGCCUUCUCCUCGUCGGGUGCCAUUGAGGCGCAUCUGGCCAAGAAGAACGGCAAGUUGGUACCACUUUCGCCCAAACACUUGGUCGACUGUGUUCCCCAUCCGAACCAAGGAUGUAAUAUGGGAUGGGUGAGCGUAGCCUUCAACUACACGAGGGAUUAUGGCAUCGCCACAAAGGCAUCCUAUCCCUAUCAACCCAAAACUGAGCAAUGCCAUUGGAACCCCAAAAAUAGUGCAGGCACUAUACGAGGACAUGUAACCCUGACUGAAGGUGAUGAAAAGGAACUAGCAGAGGUGGUGUACAAUAUUGGUCCCGUGGCAGUAUCUAUCGACCAUCUUCACGAGGAGUUCGAUCUGUACUUCGGUGGCAUCCUUAAGAUCCCGUCAUGUGGUUUAACAAAAUACGACCUCACGCACUCAGUUCUCGUCGUGGGCUUUGGAACCCACCCGAAGUGGGGAGACUACUGGCUGAUAAAGAACUCCUUUGGAACAUCCUGGGGCGAGAGUGGCUACUUCAAAUUGGCCCGAAACGCCAACAACACGUGUGGUGUGGCAACCCGACCCCAAUAUCCUCUUGUCUAAAUGAAUUGAUUUAAAAUUAAUAAACUUCAUUCGAUAUACGCA